AUGGAACUUAUUCAAUCGCAGAAAGGCAAAGAUUUACUGUUGAGCGAUGGGUACCGGUAUCGUAAGGCGAGAACUAAUACCGAUGGCAGUGUAUCAUGGAGAUGCGCCGAGACACCUUGCCGAGGACGUUUCAAAGUGUCAUUGGAAAAUGUCGUGGUAAAUGUGACUCGACACAGUCAUGCUCCAGAUCCAGCUAAAAAUGAAGCAAAAAAAUCUGUGUCUAAUAUGAAAGGCGAGCAGCGGACACCCUUGAGAAACCAAGGCAGUUGA